AUGUGGGAUGUUAUCCCAGCUGCACCGGAAUUAAGUAAUCCUGUGCUACCACGGGGCGAGUCGUAUCAGGGCAACUGCACUCCCAAUGUCGAAGUGAAUAAAAUGAAGUCUGUGAAAUCAAGCUUCUCUGAUCUAGUUGUUGAACAGGACGCCGAUGCUCAUUGGAAAGUAGACGUGGGAGACAAUGAAGUAAAAUGCGAACCUCCCAAGAAGUGGGCUUGCUUUACGCUGACGUGCAACGUCUUUGUAAGCAACAUCCGCGUUCAUCCGGUGCGGCAGACGCACUGUUAUAUAGACGCUAAAGUGGCUGACCUAACUUACACGAAUGUUGAGGGCCUGUCACUUGGUGAGACAGUGACUUGCUCCGAUUCUGCCACGAUUUUCAUGUCGGACGACGCGGGAUGGAACGGGUUUACCUUACGGGACAAGCGCAGUGCUCUAGUGCCCAGACAAGUGCAGGUGGGUACGCACCUUAUAGGAUGUGAGUUACGUUCGGCCAAUGCAUGGACAAGGAAGGCGUACAAACUACCUAUUAUUGGUAGGCCCACCUGUGACGAAUGCAUUUAA